CCACAUUUGACCCUUAUCCAAUUGUCUUCUACUCUCCUAAACUCUUCAUACUCCUUCCUCUUUCUUCCUCUUUCUUCCUCUUUCUUCCUCUUUCUUCCUCUUUCUUCCUUUUUUGAUUCCUUUUUUGAUUCCUCCCUCAUCAUCAUUGCAUCGGUACAAUACACAUACGCAUUCCCACUUUUAUUACUUUACAUUUACACAUUCAUACAUAUUACACUACUUGUCAUUCAUUACUUUAUUAUUUCUCAUUUACAUUCUCAUUAUUCAUUACUUUGUUUUCUUCAUUCGUUUCUUCACACGUCCAUACUGCUUUCUCUUCUUCUCCUUCACUCUUCUUUUCUUUUCUUUUAUAUAUUUUUUUUUCUUUAAAGAUCUCAUUUCCCAAUGGGUUGCUGUGGAAGCAAACAGACUGAAGACGAGCGGGAGGAGCGAGCAAAGAUUCUAGUGAAGAGCCAAGGUCCAUAUGGAGCAUGCCCGAUGGUGCCUCCAAACUAUACCGAGCAAGAUCGAGUACGAGAUUCAUUCCAAAAGAUUGUCGAAAGGACAGCUGGAAAUCUUAUUGAUAUCCCAUCAACGCUUCAAGUUGAAAGACUACAACAGCAAGAAGCCUUGAAUCGCUCGAACGAAUAUAUGUCUGCGCUCAACACUGUCAAGCUACCACAACAGACCAUUCGCAAGCUAUACAAUAUGACUUCCGUCAAGGGAUCGGGCACAGAUAUGCCUGCACUCAACGAUGCUCUUGAGACAGCUGUAGGGACAAAUGAUGGGGCCGCACUCAAUACCAAAGAAAGGAUCUCCACAUCGUCUGGAAACUCGAUCAAGGCGCCUUCGGUGCGCGAGGUUCUUGCAGAAAAGACGGUCGAUUCAAAGACAGUUGGCUGGAUGGCGAACGUGAUGGGCGAGUUACACCAGGCUACAGAAUCAAUUGAUGUCGAGGAUGUUGGGGACCUUAUUGUUACUUUGUCACCACCCAGGGCUUGAAGGUCCCCUUUUUGAUUAUUAUUUUUUUUUUUUUUUUUU